AUGGCUAAUUCUGACAUGAUCACCUUUGGUUGGGAACUCGAGCUGCUUGUACACUUACAGAAAAACGAAUCUGAUUCUCACCCAUUGCAAGCCGCUAAAUUACGUGAGUUGGCAUUGAGUCUUAAAGAAAGGGCCCCAGAUCUACCCAUAGCCGCUGAAUGCGCUCAUUACCCAAGUCAAAACUGUUGCAUCUGUGAGGAUGCUCCUCCUGAAGUUCUCAGCCGCGGUCUUCGAGUCUUCACUCCGGCUAUGCCUCUAUUCACGCCUGAAAGCAACUCGGAGAACUUGUAUUUCCACGUUAAACGAGAAAUGCUCGAGGUUCCAACAAAUGAAUAUGGUAAGACAUUAGCUCAAGGCUUUGAGAUUACUUCACCUAUUCUAGACAAUGAAGAGCUCAAAUCUGGACUUCCGAAGACGGCGCAAAUAGUCUCAGCUAUUCGAAAUUGUGAUCUAAGCAUUUCAGCACAUGACAAGUGCGGCCUUCACAUUCAUGUAGGUGUCAAAUCCGGCAUGACUUUGACGAUAGCCAAGAAAGCAGCGACAUUGGUCAUGCUGCUCGAGCAACCGCUUUUUACAGCAUUUUCUCCAACUGCUCGUUCUGAAGAUUCUACAUGGUUCAAAUACAUAGGCAAGUAUUCUUGUUUUGCAUUCGACGCCGAUGACACCGUUAGAGAAUGUCAUUCGAUCACAAAAGAUAAUACAACUGCGCAGUUACUCAAACAUGUGCCGAUACCUCCAUCGCAAAUGAAACCGGCCGCGUGGAAUCACCAUAACGCCAACAGAUGGUAUCUUACUUUGGACUAUAUCUGGGAGAAAGAAAAUACAUGGGAGCUCUAUACCGGACUACUUACAGAAGUAGGCGGAAAGACUAGCCUGGCGAUAUGCACCCGCACAACAGAUGGAAAGUCUGCAGGCGAGAUGGAUUCUCGUGGUCGUGAUGGUACAGACAAACUGGAAGGAUCACAAACAACAAUCGAGUUUAGGUACCCACCAAUGAGUUUCGAUCACGAGUUUAUCAAGAACUGGGUCGAGAUCUCGUGCCGAAUUGUCGUGAUUGCUACACACGACGCUCCGUUCUUUAGCCAAGUGGCUGCAGGUUUACUCAGUGAGUUGCAAAGGGAUGAGAAGCAGUCUGACUUACCCACAUGGGCACGACUUCUUACUGUUCUGGGAUUGGAUCAUCAGAUUGAUUUUUGGACGCAGCAGUUGCGGCGUUUUGGAGCUGGUGAGACCAUCCGCUUUCUUGAUUCGAAGGGUUUAGUGCUGCCGGACUGUUAG